AUGGGCUUCGAAGACAAGCGAGUUGCAAUUGUCGGCGGCGGCCUAGGAGGCAUGUCCUUUCUCAACGCCGCGCUGUAUGCCGGUCUGAAGAACGUGCAACUCUACGAGCAAGCAGCGCAGUUCAGUGAAGUGGGCGCCGGGGUAAACAUCACCUCGAACGCAAACCGCGUCCUGGACGCCUUCGGUCUGCAAGAAAGCAUGAUGCGCAAGUCCUCACGCAAGCUGCCCAGCUAUAUGGAAUACCACAACUACAAGACCGGAGACUAUGUUGGUCACAUUGGUGAAUUCUCGCAACCCCACGCGCGCCUGCUGCACCGCGCCCACCUACUGGACUCGCUGAAGGAGCGCGUGCCCGAGUCUAGCCUGAAUCUGGGAAAGCACCUGGUAUUCAUCGACCGCAAUACUGCCGCCGGUGCUGCGCCGUACACCCUUCAUUUCCAGGAUGGCAGCAGUGCCGAGGCAGAUAUUGUGAUCGGCUGUGAUGGUAUCAAGUCUAAUGUGCGCCGGGAUAUGGGCCUGGGAGACGACCCCAACUACUCCGGCCAGGUGGUGUAUCGUGGAUUUGUGGACUAUAAGGACCUACCUACUGAGACAGCGCAGCUGCUGCGCAAGACUGUUAACUUCCGUGGCCCCAAGCGCCAUGUCCUGAUCUUGCCUAUUGGUAACCAGGAGACGGGGACCGACCGUGCUGCCAUCAUCGGCUUCAUGUCUGAAUCGCUUGAAGCAUGGGACUCUGAGAGCUGGAUGUCCCGCUCGGAUAUUGAUAGUCUCCAAGAGCAUGUACGUGACUGGUGCCCGGAGGUGCAGCAUAUCAUUGCUGGUCUGCGUAAGAGCUCUGAGGACGGCAAGAUGCUCAAACAGGCGCUGUACGUGCGUGACCCGAUCGAAAAGUGGUAUGAGAUGAAGAGUGGACAAAAGGAUGCCGGUAUCAUUCUGCUUGGUGACUCGGCACACUCGACUCUUCCUCAUCAAGGUCAAGGAACAUGCAUGGCAAUUGAAUCUGGUAUUGCCCUUGCGACGGUCCUUAGAUACUGGAAGACAGAUGACCUAGAGGCUGCAUUCAAGUUCUACCAGGACCUGCGCAAGCCCCGGACGGACCGGGUCACAAAGACCAGCUACGAAGCUGGCAAGUUGGCUAGCUCAGACUCUCCGGACCAGAUGUCCAACAACUUCAACCCGGAUGCAUUGAUGGAGCGUAUGAGGUGGAUUAUGGAGUACAAUGUUCUAGAAGACUUGAAGGUCAAGGGUCAGGGAUAUUUGGACUUCCAAGGUUCGCGCCUCAACCUCCGCAUUUCCAGCAUCUUGACUUCUUCAUCUCUAAUCCUGUUCGAGGUUUCGGCUGGAAAACCCAUCAUGGAGUUCAACAGCACCCCGGGAAGCUUCCAGUCCCGUCGCUCAUACCCAUCCCUCCGCCACAUCUCUCUAGCACCCUUAAAUCCACGAUUUCCCAUAGACGACGACACAGAUCCAACAGAUUACUUCAACCACCGCGACGAUGAAUCUGCAGCUAGCGGCACCCGCACACCCCCAGCAUCAUCCUAUCUAUCCAGCGUCUCAGUCCCAAGCACGCCACCGAUCCUCUCCCACUCACGCAGCAACUCACGAAGCCGCCACAUGCGCAGCAAAAGCUCUACAAGGAUAGGACCCCUGAGCGACACAAAUCUGCACAGCCGGGAGCUGGGUCAUGCCCUCCAUCACAUCCCAAAUACGCACAAGAAACAGUCCGGUAUCUCGCAUUUGCAAGGACGACGCCCCUUGCCAGACAGCACGCCGAAAUCCAAGUCUGACGCAGAAUGGAUGCUCCGCGCAGGAAUCGCUCUAGCCUCCUCGACCCGCGAGGAAAAAGGCCAAAGCUGGCUCUCCAAGCGCGAGAGCUCUACAAGUCUCGUCCCAGACACGCCCUUCGACGAAGCAUCCACUAACCGCCACCACCACCGCACCAAAUCGGGCACCUUGUCACGCAUUUCCCGCUCCGGCGCUUCAACACCGGGCGGAGGUGGCGCUCUCUCUCGCGCCGGCAGUAGACGCGGCAGCCGACGCGGCAGCAGAGUCAAUCUAACGAUGACCGCCCUCCCGGCUGCAUCUGCAUCAUCUACCUCAACGCCAGCAGAAAGGGUACCCAUCCGGUCGGGCACAUCCACAGGAACCGUGACACGCACAACGAGUCCCGAAGCGCGUGGCCGUAGUCCUCUAGUGCCAGACUUCGUAGACGCGCGCAUCCGCGCCGAGAUGGCAUCGCUACAGCACCAAUUCCCAGACGAAGACUCUGUGUACUGGGACAGGGCUGGCUCGGAAGAAGAUGAGACUUCGUCUGAGUAUUCGCGUGACUCUGAUGAGACGCCGGAUGACUUCGACGAGGCGGAUCUGCAGCAGCUGACGCGUGAGCGUGGAUUUGGACUCGGCUCUUGGAUUGACCGGUUGGUUGAGUGGACGCUUUUCGGGGUUGACGAGUGGCCUGCGGGUGUUCCAGCUGCGACGGCUGCUUCGCGUAUUGGGACGGCGGAUACUACUACUACUGUUACAUUUGAGGAACCUAUGUUGGUGGAUGGGCGGGCUGAUGAUACGCUUUCGCUUGGGUCGGUUGGGGAUGGGGAUUUGUCGGAUGGUGAUAGUUCUAUUGGCAGUGCUGCUCCAAUUGAGAAGCCUGGGAGUCAGGGUGGGUGGGAGGAUGCUGGGUGGCUGUUUCGUUUGAUGAAGCGGGCAAUGGUAUGA